CGUCUAAUCCAGGUGGGGAUGCAACGCUCGCGAUUUUCCCGCUAUAUAAAGGCAGAUGCGCCGUGCAUCCUUGGUAUCACGUAUCGGUUCGUCGUUUAAGGACGAAGGGACAAGAAUCGUAAUCGUUCGCACGAAGAAGUCCUCGCAAUGAAGACGAUCCUCAUCUUCGUGGCAGCGAUAGUGGGAGCUCUCGCGGCACCUCAAGGCAAUCCGAAUGAUAUAACGAUCGUAAAACAGGAGGAAUCGAACAACAUCGGAGUGGGUGGCUAUCGUUUCAGUUAUGAACAAAGCGACGGUCAAACGAGGGAAGAAACUGGAGAACUGACGAACGAGGGUACAGAUGACGAAGCCCUUUCCGUUACCGGAAGUUUCUCCUUCACGUCGCCCGAUGGCCACACCUACAGGGUCGAUUACACCGCUGACAAGGAUGGAUUUCACCCUACCAUCAAACUUGUUUCCAAAUAAGCUAAGAACAGUUCUGCGCUACCAACGUUACCUAGGAUUCUUCGACUAUCGACAUACACGAAUAUAAGUGCAAUUAGAAUACUCUGUACCUCAGAAUCAUGUGGCACGCGAUUCACUAAUUGGCAGACGCGAUCGUUCUAAAAGGUGUCCAUCAUCGGCUCGAGACGAUCGGUUGUUCACCUUGUUUUCGUAUAUUCCUUCUCUUUUUCGUUCGAAACAUUCGAUCUGUGAUUCGAUACAAAAUACUAGUAAAUUGUUACCUUAACAAUGAGAACGUGUGAAAUAGAAUAGUUGUUCGAUCGGGUGAACAAUCCCCUAAAAAUAAAAUGGCGGAACUUCAUGAAAUUAAGUUCCGCGUGGUAACUACUUUUAGCUGGAGUUACGAAUUUCAUUUGUGAAACGCGUGCCAUUGCGUAAAAAUGAUUUAUGCUAUGCAAUUCUGAGAAACUAUCGAGAAACAUUUUGAACGAGAGGCGUCAGAAAUUCCAAUCACUGACUCUUAGAGAGGCGACGACGAAGCGCUCGUUUACACGCUUUGGAAUUCGCGUGAAAAUGAGUAACUUUUUUUUUAUACACCUACCUAUAUGUAUGUAUUAUAUAAUAAGACACCAAUCGUGCAAAUAAAUAUAUACACAAACUA